GCGAUUCCACUAUUCCCACCACUUUGGCUUCAUCAGCCGUUUGCUUUGUGCUUUUCCAUUUUAUAAUUGUAAAUGCCUGAGGAGAUUUAUCGAAAAGAGUACUCUUCGUAAGGUUGUGUUCUUGUAUUUCCAUGGGUAUAAUCUACGAAUCAAUUAUUCCUAUCGUGACACAUCAGAUUCAUUGGAUCCACAAGGAAGAAGUGGCUAUCUAGUGCGUGUCUAGAUCUACGGAAAUUACCUGACGUGUAAGUAACUGGGAGAAACACAUAUUAAUCACAAAUUCACCGAAAGUGCACAGGUCCAUCGCAUCGAUUCGUGUGCGUUUGAAUGAUUUCAGUCACGCCAUUGCGUGGAUCAUGGAACUGUCAGUGGUCGGUGCGGUCUUGUUCAGUUUCAUCAACAUAUGCAUUGGCAUAUUUUGCUUAACCGAUGCCAUAACUGCGGAUCAGCUACGUCUCAUUUUAAAGCGAAUCGGUACGGACGGCAGACUCUACAGCUUACUCGGCGUACACUACUCCGGUCUAUGUGUAAUAGUCGGCGAGACGGUCGGAAUAACGUCAUGCCUGUGUUUGCUUGCAUUCAUUGUGUAUAAAAUGCCCCAGCGGGUGAAAGAGGAACAUGUGGAUGUGUUGUGCGAUCAGACAAACGCUACGGAGGAGACAUUGUGUCUAGAACGGUUAAUGGCGGAAUCAAAUCUACACUCGUUCAUGAAGCAGUUGCAGGUAGAGCGGAUAACAAACUCCAUCAGUAGUUACCAUCAAAAGCUGCGAAGAGAACUUCAGCGGUUUCAACGCGAUGCUAGCAUAUUUGAAACCGUAUGGACAAGGAAGCGUGAUGCGGGAUUACCGGAUGAAAAGAGAAUGGAGACGUUUUUGCUCUCCCCUGUACAAAGCUUUGAUGCAUUCUAUAGGACACAAGCAGAGGAAAGUGAAGUGGAUGUUUACGUAGGAAUCGAGCAGGCAACAUGUGAAUGGGUGAGCGAAGAUGCGCAGGAAAAGCAUCACGGCAGUAGCAGAGAUGGGAAGAUAACCACCAGUUGCCUUGGAGACCAUCAUGCCAAUGAAGCGACGGAAAUUCACCUCAAUUUAACUGUGGAUUGUCGUCGACAAACGGCGAGUUACAAGCGCUCAGUUCAUCUGGUCGUGAUGUUUAGCUGUAUACUCCUGGUCGUCUGCGUUCCUUAUCAUUUUCACCUUAUCACUUUACAUGUAUUGCGUAGAGCGGUGCCAUUUACUUUACUGAGACUGGAGCGUUUAAUUCCAACCGGUGAAGGUGGACGAGGUACUGAAGUCGACGGUUUUCGCAAAGCAUUUUAUGAAACAUUCAAGUGUCAAUCAAUGUUUAAUGAAACCGGGUGCUCAAUUAGCGUAAUUGUCAAUGAAUUCGGUGCCCCAACACUUGUUCGGGAAUGCCACGGCAAGCCAGAGACGAUCCAGUUAACAGAGAUGGAUGCGAGUUCCUCCACUCAGGAUUGUUACCAGCAGAUAACUCGAUGGAUUGGAAUGAGGCAAGCGUCAGGUGGAUUUCGUAUUGCAUUGGCUCUCCUGAUGUAUACAGUGAGCAUCAGCUUGAAUAUUCGUCGACUCGCUUUGCUAAGCUCCCAAGCCUCUGUGCAGACGUAUCCAAGACAAGAAUGGUGGAGAGGAGUUGGUGAGAGGCAUGAAUUGCCUUCCAACAUAGGAGUGCAGUGUGACAUUGAGGAGCGAACAGAGACACGGAACCGAGCUCGUGGACGACUGGCAGAGCUGUAUUCAUGGAAUUCCCGUAGCCGGUUGUUGGAUAGAGGCCCCAAGAACAUCCGGCGUGGAUCGCGAUUAUGGCACACUGGUGAUUGAACAGAUUUAUCUAAAUGCGUGCUCCCUUUAAGUGGCCUCAACUAGAUUUAUAGAACGUCACGCCUCGGUACGUGCUUCUUCAUGCUUAGUUAUGGUGGUGAUCAAUUACCAAGCAUCUAAGACCAUAUGAUUUAUUGUCGUUCUUGGUGAAGGGGAAAAGUGUGAGUCUCGGUGGUACCAGCAGGGAACCGUGAUAAAUAUAUCCACCAAAAGAACGGAACUUCUAAGGUGCCUGUGUCGUCUAAUCCACGUAGCAUUCCGAAAAACACUCCUUGUAACGUCCAAGAAACUUGGAUUUGCUACUCUUUCGAUCUUUUUGCCUAACAUUUGUGAUGUGUAUGCAUCGUCGUGUUGACCGAGUAAACCGGCGACAUCAACGCUCAGACCACAGAUAACAAAAGAGCUUUUCAUGUACCUUCAGUAGAAAUCCAGUAAAUCCAUAACCGCUUGAAUAGAACCAUGUUCAAACUUAGCGAGAACGUUGGCGAAAGUAGCUCCUAGCCACUGGCCUCAGGAAGCCUGGUGUCAUUAAGAUGAUUUGUGAGGUGGAUGGGUUUUCGUUCACUAAGCAACAGAGGCGCUGGGAUCGCUGGACCGAGCAGUUUCAUCCGCAGUUCUACUGGACUCCAUCGUCAAUCAGUUCAAGCAGUACACCUUGUUGCCUCAAAUGGAUGGUCCCACUGGAUCCACCCAGCGAAGCAGAACUCGACCAGGAGAUUAGACGACUGAAGCGAUUCAAGGCUGCCGGAUCAGAAGCACUUCCUUUGGGGCUUCUCAGGUACAGCAUCAUGGCAAUAAUUGAAAAUGUGGAAUCGUUGUUUCCUGUAGUAUGGCAUAAAAUAAAGGUGCCUCGCUCUUCUGGUAGACCAGUACUUAUCAUACUUUUCAAGAAAGGUGCUUGCACAUUUGCCAAUAAUCGAGGGAUUCGUUUCAUCAUUUUACCUCGAUGCCAUUCGCAGCCAUUCUGCUCGCAGACAUUUCCUAAUACUUGAAUCAUGCUAUCGUGAAUAAUAAUCUGCUUUGAGGCCCGUCCGUGUAUUACUGGAGCAAAGCUACACCCAUCGGCAACUCCUCGAACAUCGCCGCAUUUAACACAGGGCUCUAUCGUCGCAUUCUUGUACACACGGGCUGCAUUUAAUUUUGUUGAUCGACCGGCUUCAGAUAUUUGUUUAAUAAAAUUGGUGUGCCAGGUAGUUGUACAGCCAUAUUAUGCGCCAUUUAGCUUCAAAUCUCUGGCAGUGAGUGUCCACAGCAUGCAUUCCCCGCCCUUCGCUGUCAAAAGCUGACUGCGACAGGGCCGCCACAUGUUCCCGUUCCUCUUCAGUUUCGAGAAUUAAGAUGUUAUGUCGAGAGCUCUAUAACCUUUCCAAUCUUUUGGUCUAGAGCGUUUAUCGAGUGAACUCGCCACGAAUUCAUUUCAUACUUAUG